AGAGAGAGAGAGAGAGAGAGGCUGUGGUGCAGAGGUUCAUUCAGUGAGGAAGCGCUCCAUCUCAGCUGUAUUUUCUGGUGUUCUUCCUGCUGGAGGGAAUAUGUAAACGUGAAUAUAUUACAGGCUUCCUUGCAGUAAAUUGAGUGCGUGUUGUGUUGCAGUUGGGGCUGCUGUUGUGCUCCUCCUCUGGCAACAGCUGGCUGAGCAACAGACGCGUGCUGAGAUCUGAAGGAGACGCUUCUCGUGUGGACGAGGGGAACGGAAGGAUCACAGCGUAGGGAUGCAAAGUGAAGGUUGUGGUGUUGGGAUGUGUUUUUUUGUCCCACUCUGAUUUUUGAGAGCGAGAGAACUGGAUGCUUCAGGUUUGAGUCUCAUCCGUAGCUGAUCGAGGAAGAGUCAAGCAAGAACAUAACGUGUGAAAGAGAAGUUGACGGUGGACAUCUACAGGAUGAUCUUGGGAAGUGUAAACCGCCCGGGGCCGGUCCCUGCCUUCUUCAGGAGCCCCUCUAUCAUGCCGACCCCGCUGGACAUGAAGCCCUUCCUCCAGUUCCCCCUGGAGUCGCCUCACCGGGCCGGCAUUGGACUCUUCCACAACUUUAAUACAAUGGACCCCGUCCAGAAAGCUGUGAUGACGCACACCUUCGGGCCGCCUAUGGUGAAGACAAAGCGACCGAUCAUCUCUUGUAACGUCUGUCAAAUACGCUUCAACUCAGAGAGCCAGGCUGAGGCCCACUACAAGGGGAACCGCCACGCUCGGAGGGUGAAGGGGAUCGAGACAUCCAAAACAGCUCGUCUCCACGAGGGUGACAAGCAGCCGACUCCCCCUACUGCUUCGCCCUCCCCAACAGGCCCCUCGCCAUCCAGCCCUCAGCCUGAUCCGAACAAGCAGGAUGACACCCAAUCCUGUCCUAACUCGAUCAAGUCACCGUUGACCCCCCCACUGAGCUCAGACGCAGAAUGUCCCUUCUUCACUUCUGUCAGCACACCUUUGCCAUCCUCUCCCUCCGCACCCGGGGCCCUUGGCACCCACCCUGCAGAUCCAGCAGCGGCUGGUCUUCCUGAGAACCCGUCCCCAGCACCCAGCCCUUCUUCAGGAGAAUCAGAGGAAGAGAAAUCAAAGAAACUUCUCUACUGUUCCCUGUGCAAAGUGGCUGUUAACUCCCGCUCACAACUGGAGGCACAUAACAAAGGUACCAAACACAAAACCAUUCUGGAGGCUCGUAGUGGACUGGGACCCAUCAAAGCGUACCCCCGUCUCGGUCCUAAACUCAGCCCGGAACAGGGAGGAGAGCUGUCUUCUGACCCCAACGCUCAGGAACGCACCUUCCAUUGUGAGAUCUGCAACGUCAGAGUCAACUCGGAGCUGCAGCUCAAACAGCACAUAUCUAGCCGGAGGCAUCGAGAUGGAGUUGCUGGGAAACCAAAUCCUCUUCUGAGUCGGCACAAGAAGCGCACAGACUUCAUGGAACUUCCAAAAAAUUUGGGGCCCGGACUUUUACCAAAUCCUUUGGCCGUCGCCGCAGCAAUGGCCGCUGCGGCAUCCUCCAAUCACCUGGCACUACGUCCUCCUUGCCCAACCUCCCAUCACCAUCACCACCUCCUACAAGGAACACCUCUCAGCCUACUGAGACCCGCCCCCGGUCCCAUUCGCACCCCGCACGGGCCAAUCCUCUUCACUCCUUACUGAUGAUGAGAGAAUGAGGACGAAUCAGGAAGAAGCACACUGUGAAGUGGAGGCCUGCAACCAUGUGCCAUCUAGAGCCCAAUCAGCUGUUGAGGUUUCAGCUGCUGUUUUAUUAUAGCCUAAUAAAACAUAUGACUCUUCAUGGUGCAUACUGUGGUUGCAGGCCACUACUGCUGCGUUAACAGGGAGAAGCAGAGAUAACACAUCUCAGACAUUUCAAAGAGACUUUAUGUUUGCAUCCUCCCCAGUUUCCACUGGCUUACUGACUCAAACCCUACCUCUCUUAUGUUUUAAGUGUUCCCCUCUGCAAGGAUUUAUUUUACAUCCAAAGCCUCAAUGUAAUCAAAAACACACCCGCUGGGUUAGAUAUAGCAGAUGCCUCUGAUGUUAGCUGAUACCACAAUGUAGCUGUCACUGUAAUGGUUUGUUUUGGAGGCCUAUUAAGAGAAAAAAGUUACCAGCAUUUUCUGCACCAUUUUAACAGUUACUGGUCAACAUUUUUCUGUACUAUAUGUUCAUUUUCACAGUUGGCAUAAACGACCUAUUUUUACUUUUGUUGAAAGAAUGAAACAGGAAGAAGAACAACAAAAGGGAACCAACUACAUCCAGGUAUGCUUUAGAUUUGUGUCGACCACAUUCACAGUUUGGUAUUGGAAUAACAUGUAGACUUGUUGUGAAAGGGUAUUUUAACUGGUGCAUUGUGCAAGUAUCAGUGUUUACUUGGAGUGUGAAAUACAGUGAGGGGAGUGAGCACCCAAGGUGUUCUUCUUUUAUAGUGAAGGUCAAGAUAAGUCCAAUUUCCCCUGUUGAGUACAGUUCCCCUGAUGAUUUGCCACGUUCACCCCGAAAGGCCACUGAUAUUACUGAAUGAAAUGAUUUCCAUACUGUGAGCAAAGCGGUAAAUAUAUUUACAGAUGACUCUGGCAGCAGGUCUCUGCAUUAUCUGCACAUAUCAUUUUACAGACAUCGCAAUCCAAUACAAGUACUGUGCAGGACAUUGAGAUGUUAGACACCAGCAAUAUGUUACAGAAGGAAAAGGACCACAUAUACACAGAUGUAUGCAAAAAAAACAACAACACAAAAUGGUAAUAUAGGCUUGUAGUGAGAUAAAAAAUACUUAGUUUGUCUGCUCUGCCUUGUGUACUCGAACCUACGUCACCCCAAACUUUCCCCGUAAAACUGUCAUAAUGGCUAGUGAAACAUUAAGGGGCGCUUUAGGAAAGAGAAACUUUAGCAAUACUUUGAGCACUCCUACUAACCUUUCUUGUUAACUGCAAUAAAAACAAAAUGUCUAAAAAUGUACAAAUUGUUACCUAGGAGAAGUGUAUUGAAACAUUGGUGUAAAUGUAAUUUAUUUAAAAAUUGAGAAAACGUCCAUGUUGGGGCUUCCUAAUUGUUAACUUAAAACAAAAUCAUAUAUAACAUCAUUAAACUGACUUCAUGGUUGCUUUCUA